UGUGUGCUGUUUCUCUGUGAUCGUCGUUCUCUUGUGCAAAGAUGCUGAUUCACAGCAGCCUGCAUGCGGCAUGACUGCAAAACAUAGCAGAAUUGUAGGAGGUCAAGAUGCACCCCCAGGAAGUUGGCCCUGGCAGGCAGCUUUAUCCAUUUUUGGCAAUUUUUCCUGUGGAGGGUCCCUCAUCACCGACCAGUGGGUGUUGACGGCCGCUCACUGCAUUUCAUUACUUGAACUCUCCUUCACAAAGGUCCAUCUGGGUCGCCACAGCCAGUCAGGUUUAAACCCAAAUGAGGUGACACAGACACUUGAAAACAUUGUUUGCCAUCCCAACUACAACCCUUUAACAAUUGAGAACGACAUAUGCCUCCUGAAGCUGUCGGCUCCAGUGAAUUUCACAGACUACAUUCAACCCAUCUGUUUAGCCUCUGAAAACAGCACUUUCUACAGUGGGACCAGCAGCUGGGUCACUGGUUUUGGUAGUACGGCAAGUGAUGGUUCACUUUCCAACAUCCUGCAGGAGGUGAAUGUACCAAUAGUGGGAAGCAACGAGUGCAAAUGCUACUAUCAAGACUUCAGUGAGAUCACAGAGAACAUGAUCUGUGCUGGGUUAAAAGCUGGAGGGAAGGAUUCAUGUCAGGGAGACUCCGGGGGACCACUUAUGACAAAGAAAGAAUCAGUCUGGGUCCAAAGUGGAGUUGUGAGCUUUGGUUAUGGCUGUGCUGAGCCUAUGAGACCUGGGAUCUACACUCGUGUGUCCCAGUACCAGAAAUGGAUCAGCGACACCAUCACCGGCAAAUCACCAGGCUUUGUUACCUUCACCUCGCCAGGCACUGAUAGUGAUUUAGAUUUCACUUGUCCGAUAGAUGACAGUGUGUUUGACAGUGGUGAAAACCUGAUCCACUUCACUCACUUCACCUCUCUCUGUGUUCUUGUUGUGUUGCUCCAAGUGUUUGUUGGAAGUGAUGGAAUUUAACUCAUCACAUUUACUCAAGUUCAGCAUUGAAGCUUGAAAUAAUUUUUCUUUAUGAAACUUUAUAACCUAGAGGUGAAGGCUACACUUUUUAUUCCAAUAGAUUUAUGGGGGAGCUUCAGUUUCAACUUACCCAAUUUAGGAUUUGAGUAUUUGAGAAUACACAAUCUAAAAUUUUUAUAAAUGAAGCACUAGGU